UAUUUCAGACAAAACAAAAUGGCGGAUGACAAAUCAGCUGAUGAUUUUGGCGGGAAAGGGGAUGAUUCUGCGGAUUUGUCGAUAAAGAAGAGGAAACCUAAAAGAAUUCUUCAUUUCUCAGAUGGAAUCCUAGAAGAGUACAGUUCAGAGGAUGAAAUUCAGGAGGAUUUGAAGGCUGAGAUAAAGAAGAACAGCUCUGUGUUGGACCCGAGGAGUAUGACCUGGUUCCCCUGGAUGGCCUGGAGGAUAAUGACGGCGGGGGACGGGUUCUUGUCCUACUGUGAUGCUGCAGGAGAGAAGUUAGCUUGGUGGUUUGGUAUUACUAGUCCUAAAUAUUAUUAUGAGAUACAGGAAGCUUUAAGAAUGAAGGAGGAAGAGGAGGCUAGGAAAUCUGCUGAGGAUGCUGAGAUGUCUGGUUGGACCAAUUCAUCUAACCAGGAUACACCCGUUCUCUCAGAGCUUAAAUCCUUAGCCGAGGACGCUCCUCCGACCUCCUCCGUCAAGCUGGAGGAGACAUCUGAGAAGAAACCACAUCACUUGCCUCCGCUGGAACCUCUAUCGGUUUCUGAGCUCCAUGCUCAAUCCUUGAAUAAGCUUAAAACUGAUGAACAGUGAACAAACUUAUUAUAAAUCGGCAAAUUUAUUCUUCGGGGUCAGGUUUUGUGCAUUUUCUAUAGCUCCAGGUUUUUUUUUUAAUAAUACCCCUACCUACCUGCACAGUUAACAGCAAGAGAUAUUUGAUUGACAAUCAUAAACCCCCCGGGUAAAUAAUACCGAUUUCCCAGAUUUGUGAGUGCCUUGUCCUUAGUGUAGGGUUCAAUACCUACACGAUAAAUUUUAUUAUUUUUAUUGA